GGGGAGGCGGUGCAUCACCUGUCAGCACUGAACGAGACGUUUUCCAACACUCGGCCCAGUUGUAUAACCUCGCCGCAAAUAAUUUUUACUUGGACUUCUGCAGCUCGAAUUCCGUGCAAAUAAACCGUGAAAAAUGGCUGGCGAAGGCGAGAAACUGACCGGCCUGUCGAAGAUCUUCAAUGGCACCACCAUGAGCGGCCGUGCUAAUGUGGCCAAGGCCACGUACGCCGUGAUGGGCCUGCUGAUCGCCUACCAGGUGCUGAAGCCCAAGAAGAAGUAGAGCCACCAAAGUCCGCCACUUUCGGAGUUUUGGGUUCGGGAACACCAUCACCGGACUCUCCGGGUCAGACGCCUCCAGUUUGCGGAGGCGGGUUUAUUUUAUGUGUAGUGCAAGACCUUGAAGGAAUAAAUAAGCUGAGAAUGUAACACACUGAA